GUAUUCACGAAUCUUUUUCUAACUAAUAGUACUAAUUCUAUAAUCCUAAUUCUAACCUAAUCUACUUCGCCGGGCACAGAUUAGAUGCUGCCGUCGCCGUUCUCUAUCUCCGCCAAUGAAAUCUCUCACUUCCACUGCAGCUCUACUUCUUUCUACUUCUCCGCCGUCUUUACGAUCUUCUCUCUUACCAAGUCUUCGACCUCUUCUUUAUCGAGCUCGCCUCCGCAACAAGCUUAAUCUGAGAAGAUUGGGAAAUGGAACUUGCCGGGCAGAGUUUGCAAACGAUGUGCCUUACGCCGCUGCUAUUGGUGCUUGCAUUUUGAGCUCGUGGGUUUUCCCGACUACUUACACGGAGGAGGACGAUGGUGAAUCCACAAUUGAUUCUGCUGAUGCGAGGUUUGCUGUCAUGGCAAUUAUCAGCUUCAUUCCGUAUUUUAAUUGGAUGAGUUGGGUUUUUGCGUGGUUGGAUACUGGGAAACCACGUUAUGCAGUUUAUGCUCUUGUGUAUUUGGCUCCAUAUUUAAGCAACAACCUGUCUCUAUCUCCUGAAGAUAGCUUUCUACCCAUUGCUAGCAUCCUCUUGUGCAUCUUCCACAUUCAGCUGGAAGCAUUCCAAAAAGAUGGAAACUUUCAGGUAUUAGAUAAAUUUACGGAGACUGGAACUUCAAUUGCUGGGAAGAAAGAUGUAAGAAUGUCAGAAAAGGAGGAAACAUACGAUCUUAAGAAGUUGUCUUCAGCAGAUGAGAAAAGGAGUUGGGAAAUUUCUAGAAGACCUGAAAAUCGUGAGCACUUGAAUGAAGAUGGAGAAGAUCCUACUUCAAGGAAGCAUUAAUUUUACCUGUUUAAGGCUGAGUUUUGACGGGUCUAAUGCCAAUCCUUGGAAGGAGCACAAUCAUAUGCUGGUGUGUAACUGUGAAAGUAGUUCACUGACCAAACAAUAAGCAUCUUCUGUACACAACGGAUUGAUCUUAUCGUUCUAUGAUUCAACUCUACACCAAAUAUCUGAAUUGUCUCUUAUCAAAAUUUCGACCAGGGCCUACUAUGUUUUUGCAGUUGUAGAAUAAUGACUGCCUUAUCUGUAAGAGUGUACUGUGGGUAACACCCCUCAUGCUGUUUCUCUUCCUGAGUUCUAUGUAUCAAUUGUAGUUUGUUUUCUCAGAA